GAUCCAGUUCCAGCCGAGUCCAGCUGCGAGUCACCCGUCUGCUAGAUCAGUAUCAUCAGGAUGAGACAGCUCAGAGCACUGUGUGGCUUCAUUCUGCUGAGCCUGGCCGUCCUCGCCUCCGCCAGGCCAAAAGCAGGUCCUGACCAGAAAUGUAAGUCUGGUCCGGUGGAUCUGGUCUUCCUCAUCGACAGCUCCCGCAGCGUUAGGCCACAUGAGUUUGAGACCAUGAGGAAGUUCAUGAUUGACAUCCUUGACACCCUGGACAUUGGACUCAAUGCCACCAGAGUGGGAGUGGUUCAGUACUCCAGCCAGGUCCGCACUGAGUUCUCUCUGAAGACCCACGCCAAGCUGGACACCAUGGUGAAAGGCAUCAAUCAGAUCAUUCCCCUCGCUCAGGGUACCAUGACCGGACUCGCCAUCAAAUAUGUGAUGAAUGUAGCCUUUACCGCUGAGGCGGGAGACAGGCCAAAGGUCCCCAACGUGGCUGUGAUCGUGACAGAUGGACGUCCUCAGGACCGCGUGGCGGAGGUGGCAGCUGAGGCCAGAGAGAAAGGCAUCGAGAUCUACGCUGUGGGGGUGGCCAGAGCCGACAUGACAUCACUGAGGGCCAUGGCGUCCCCACCCUUCGAAGACCACGUCUUCCUGGUGGAGUCCUUCGAUCUCAUUCACCAGUUUGGACUGCAGUUCCAGGACAAGCUCUGUGGUGUGGAUCUGUGUCUGGAGUCGGACCACGGCUGUGAGCACAUCUGUGAGAGCUCCCCGGGCUCCUACCAGUGCCUCUGCCUGCCUGGAUACACUCUGAAUGCCGAUGGGAAAACAUGUGCAGCCAUAGAUCUGUGUGCUGAGGGGAAGCACGACUGCGAACAAAUCUGCGUCAGCUCUCCCGGUUCCUUCACCUGCGACUGCAACAAAGGAUACAAACUGAAUGACAACAAAAAGACCUGCUCGAUGAUCGACUACUGUUCGUUUGGGAACCACAGUUGCGAUCAUGAGUGUGUGAGUGUGCUCAAUGGCUAUCACUGCCGCUGUAACGAGGGAUACAGGCUGCUGGACGACGGCAAGACCUGCCAGGCCAUUGACCUGUGCGCUGAGGGGAAACAUGACUGUGAACAAAUCUGCAUCAGCGCGCCCGGCGUCUUCACCUGCGACUGCUACAAAGGAUACACACUCAACGAAGACAGGAAGACCUGCACACCCAUUGACCUGUGUGCCGAGGGAAAGCAUGACUGUGAACAGAUCUGCAUCAGUGCUCCUGGCGUCUUCACGUGCGACUGCAACAAAGGAUUCAAACUCAACAAAGACAAGAAGACCUGCACAAACAUGGACCUGUGUAACACAGUGGAGCAUGGCUGUGAGCACCAGUGUGUGAGCACUCCAGGAUCUUACUACUGUAUCUGUCCUGAGGGAGAACUGCUGCAGGAGGACGGCAAGACCUGCGGCACCUGCAAGUCUGCCAACAUCGACCUGGUGCUUCUGAUUGACGGCUCCAAGAGUGUCCGCCCUCAAAACUUUGAGCUGGUCAAAAAGUUUGUUAACCAGGUUGUGGACUCUCUGGACGUGUCUGCUCAUGGCACCAGAGUGGGUCUGGUUCAGUACUCCAGCCGGGUCAGGACAGAGUUCCCUCUCAACAUGUACCACACUGCUGACGAGAUCAAAGCCGCAGUCAUGAAGGUUGACUACAUGGAGAAAGGUACUAUGACAGGUCUGGCCCUAAAACACAUGGUGGAGAACAGCUUCUCAGAGGCAGAGGGCGCUCGUCCUUCCAGCCGCAACAUCCCCCGAAUUGGACUGGUCUUCACAGACGGACGCUCCCAGGACGACAUCACAGAGUACGCCAAGAAGGCCAAAGAAGCCGGUAUCACCAUGUACGCUGUGGGUGUUGGAAAAGCUGUGGAAGAUGAGCUUCGUGAGAUUGCAUCUGAGCCUGUGGAGAAGCAUUUCUAUUACACCACCGACUUCACUGCCAUCAGCACCAUCGCUGAGAACCUCAAACUCAAUGUCUGCCCAGAGGAGAGUCAGGGGGAGAUUGAGGUGAAGGACCCAUGUGCCUGUGAGAGACUGGUGGAGUUCCAGCAGGCCACCAUGAGCAGCCUGGAGCAGCUCACACAGAAACUGUCUGGAAUGACUGCUCGCCUGGAGCAGCUGGAGAACCAGCUCCUCUCCAGGAAGUGAUCUGGUCAUCACAGUGAGCGAGCAGGACGCCACAGAGAAAAGAAGAACAGAAUGAGGAGGAGGAGGAGGAGGGCACAUCGGAAACCCUUCCAAUCAAUGGACUAAACCAAAGUGUCUUUUCACAAAGCCUUUGUAGCCUUCACUAGGUCUGUUGUUCUUCACGUUUAUGGGGAUGACAUUUAUCUGAAAGCUUGUGAUAUAGAAGCAUAUUUCUGGUAUAGAUGUAAAUGACCUUAUUUGUACACUUUUUUGUCUUAAAAAAAAAAAAAAAACACAUCCACUUUCCCACAAAUCACUGUGCAAAGCAGCUGUUACAAGACAGAAAGCAAAUGCUUUCGUAAGACAGAAGGAUAUUGCAUUUCCAAGAUUCACCAUUACAUCUGAUAAUGUCUGGGAUUUUGAGUGCAUAUUUUUUGCGUGUACAUGUGCCAACAAACAAACAGAACAAAGGAUAAUUUCAAGAUUGUAUCACAUGUUAUUGACCUCCAUGUAACAUGUUAUAGCGCUUCAUUUGUGCAGCACAAAGGGGACUGGAGGCAUGUUGGCAAUCUUUGUAAACUAGAUGUAAUCAACGUACUGUAGAUAUUAGAUAUAAGCACAAAAUAGUAUUGCGUGAGAACAUGAGUUGCAGUUUUCAUCACACACUCAGUGUUCCUUCAUAGUCACACACCAUUCAUCUGUUUCUCUUAGUGCCCUGUUUAUACUUGAUCUGUUUUGUACGGUUUGUUAAAUAUGAUGUAUUUAUAGGAGAUGGGGUUUUUUUUGUUUUGUUUUUUUAAGCACCACAGUAGAAUAGCAAAUAAAAAAAGGAGUUUAAAAAAUGAAGUGUUAUUACCACUCCCAAUAUUAAACUGGCUUGGGUCAUUUUCAUACAAAAUCAUUACUUGCUUGCUUGUAGAAACUAGUUUUGAUCACAGGCCUAACUGGCUUUGCAGUGUUGCAUCCUGUUGAAAAGUAAAGUGGUUUAGAUUUUUUUUUUUUUUUAAAUAAAAGGGAAGAAGUUUUAAGUAUCACUGUGGUCUGUGUCAGCUGUGGUCUGUUGUUGAUAGAGAAAAUGUGAUGAAUUGGCCUUACCUUCAUAAAUCUCAUUUCUUCUUCACUCUGCACUUCCUAGAUUUUUUUCUUACAGCGGCCUUAACGAGUGUACGUGUACAUACAAGUCAAAAACCCUCCUCAAGUGGUUCACAUGACAUUUUUGGCAGGAAAUCCCUCCGUCUAUCUUCACCCGAACGCGGUCAGCUAUAUCAUCAGCCUUGCCUGACCACUGUCAUAAUCUGGUCCCAUUAGACUAAUGCAGAAUGAGAGGCCCCACGGGCUACUGUAUGGAAAGGAAUGACCAACUAUGGUAACUAUGGUAGAUUGUCACACUCUUGUAUUAAAAAAAAAGACCACCAGAAAUGUAUACCCUUUAUAUUUAAAUGCCUGUAUGUUUUUGUAUAUUUUCUAAUAGCUUUACCUUUUUGUAUUUGUCUGAUGAAUCCCUGUAUUACAGCACAGAAGGCAAUAAAAGAGUGAACUUUU